CCCUGCAUCACAUAGCCUUAAAAUUAUAAAAAAAAAAAAAGAAAAAAAAGAAAAGAAAAACUAAUUGAAGUUAACCUAGGUCUUAAAUAAUCAGGACUCAGUUCUAUGUCAUGCACAUUAGAAUGGCUCAGCUAGUUGUCAUGAAGUCAUUGGGAGUUGGGGUAUAUGAAAAGGCUGUUAGCUAUGAUCUGUCAAGAGACACCAAGCAGGUCAUAAAACCUGAAUUGACUGGACUGCUGGGUGCUCGUCUUUUUGAUAAAGCUGUUAUGUACAAAUCAACAAUGGUAGUAGAGCCUGUUUGUUUUGAGUUUCCUGAAUUCAAGGGCAACUCACGUCGUGACUAUUGGUUGGAUAUAUCUUUGGAGAUCCUGCAUGCUCCCAGGUUUAUCAGGAAAAACAACUUCAGGGGGAUUCAUCAGUCAGAGGUACUUGCAAGAGCUGCAUUAGGCAUCUUUCGUUAUCGUGCGGUUAGGGAAGCUUUCCACUUCUUCUCAUCCCAGUACAAAACCAACCUUACUUUUAACCUGGCUGAAAGUCUUCCCUGAGGAGAUAUGAUUUUGGAAACUCUUUCUAGUUAUUUGGUGCUUCUAGAUCCCAAAUCUUCCCCAUGUAAUGUCAAAUAAUCAGGGAAGCUAUCUCCAGUUUCACUUCUGACACUUGGUCAACUGGGAUUUAUUGUACAGAAGGAUAAGAAUCAGGAUGGUGAAGUGUUAACAGUGGGAGAUAUUCGUGUUGGGGAGACUAAUCCCUUAUAGAUAGCAGUUAAAGAGUCACUAUCAAACAUGCUCAGGGUUGAAGCUGCACAGGCAACAGUUGAACAAGUAAAGGUGGACAGAAUUGACACAAAUCUUGCCGUCACGAAGGAACUAUUAUUUCCUGCUAUUGGCUUAAGUGCUCAUGUUCAACUUUUAGCUUCUUGGAAAGACCCUUUUAAGUCAUCAGUCUUUCUGGGGUUCACCAGCCAUGCUAUUUUAAGAUUUUAAUGGCUGAACUGGUGAGUAUCGGCAAGUGUGUUGAAAUGGAGAUGUACCAAUCAUUUUCAAAAAUAAAUCAUUCAAGAAUCAAGAUGCUCCUUUGCUGUGGAGAACAACUUUAUUUUGUAUGUUUAUCUAUUCUAGUUUGUACCGUACAACUAUAAUCAAGUAAUGCAUCUUCGCUGCAAAGCUUAAAGUGUGUGAGGUGUGUAAAUUGAAGUCUCUUGUUAUUAAUACGAUACUUGUUGAAU